AGGGCCUGGCGGGGGGGGGAAGUGAAGGACUGUCAUCCCAAGAGUGCCUCGCGCGCCACUUCCGCCGGCAGAAAGCCUCCGCGGCUCAGGUGGCGUGAGAGGCGAGACACGGAGGACUUCAACUCCCAGAGAUCUGCGCGCGCCGCUUCCGCCAGACUCGGAAGACCCCCCCCGACUGAGGCCGGACUUCAACUCCCAGAGCUCUCCGCGCGUCGCUUCCGCCAAUUUAGGAACUCCGCGGCUGAGGCGAGAUUUCUAACCCCCAGAGUUCUUCGUGCGCGGCUUCUCGCAGACUAAGAAGACCGCCGCUGAGGCCGGACUGCAACUCCCAGAGUUCUCCGCGCGUCGCUUCCGCCAAUUUAGGAACCCCCGCGGCCGAGGCGAGACUUCUAACUCCCAGAGUUCCUCGCGCGCCGCUUCCGCCAGGCUAGGCAACUUGCGACUGAAGCCCGCCUUCGACUCCCAGAGUUCCUCGCGCGCCGCUUCUGCCAGACAAGGCAGACCGCGGCUAAGGCCGGACUUCAACUCCCAGAACUCCCCGCGCGGGAGAAGGCCGCGGCCUCCGAGCGGCGAAAAGAGGCGGCGGGGGAGGCGGGACUGCAUCCGCCGCCAUCCGCCGCGGGGGAGGCGGACCCCGGUCGGCGUCGGCUCCAUGGAGACCCCCGCGGCGGCCACGUUCACCCUGGCCUAUUUGGUGCUGGCCGUCUGCUUCGUCUUCCCGCCCAGCGAGUUCCACCUGGCCGGGCUGACGGUGCAGAACCUGCUGGGCGGCUGGCUGGGCAGCGAGGACGCGGCCUUCGUGCAGUACCACCUGCGCAGGGGCGCCGGCACGCUCUUGGCCCACGCCGCCCUGCCCCUGGGCUACUACCUCGGCAUGUGUUUUGCGGCGCCCGAAAAACAGCUCUGCACCAUCUCCCAGGCGCCCGACCCGUGGAAGACCUUCCUGGCGGGGGCCCUCCUCCUCCUGGCCCUCGCGGGCACCUUCACCUACACCUGGUCGCAGGACGGCUGGGCCCACCACCCGCUGGUCAAGACCCUGGCCACCUUCGCCCUGCCCCCCCACUCCGGCUGGCGGGCCGUGGCCGCCUCCAUCAAUGCCGAAUUCCGCCGGAUCGACAAGUUCGCCACGGGGCCCCCGGGGGCCCGGCUGAUCGUGACCGACAGCUGGAUCCUCAAGGUCACCACCUACUCCUUGCACGUGGCCCAGCAGCGCGACAUCCAGCUGACCGUCGUGGACGCGAGACAGCAGGAGCUCUUGCCGGACGCCGGCAUGCCGGCCCAGUUCCUGACCAUCCGUGUGGCCAGCGCCAACCCCCACGUCAAGGCCUUCGACAUCCGGCUCAACUCGUCGGAAUAUGGGGACCUGCAGGAAAAGCUCCAAGCCCCGAUCCGGAACGCGGCGCAGGUGGUCAUCCGUCAGAGCCUCAGCGACCUCUUCCUGGAGACCUUCAGCGCCCUGGUGGAGAGGAACCAGCCUUACCCGCUGCCCAGCAACCAGGAGCUGCACCUGUGCAUCGGCUGCAUGCAGAUCCAGGCCAACGUCAAGCUGCUGAAAAACUGCCGGGAGCCGCACGAGGGCGAAUGCCAGCCCUGUUUCUGCUACCCCAUGUGGUGCCUCCUUUGCAUGGGCAAAUGGUUCGCCAGCCAGCAGGAUCAGCAACAUCCCGAAACCUGGCUCUCCAGCCACGUGCCUUGUCCCACCUGCCGAGCCAAAUUCUGCGUUUUGGACGUCUGCUUGGUGCAGUGACGGCCAAGGCGGCGAGACUCCGCAGAGACAAAUCCGAUCGGCUGGGCGUCUCUCGUUCCCGGGAUGAUCCUCGACAGGAUGAAAUGUUCCUACAAUUCCCCCUUUUGACGGCUCGGCAAUUUCUAUUUCCGAAACGCGGCCCCUUUAAGAAGGGUGAACUUCAACUCCCAGAAUCCCUAGCUGAGGGAUUCUGGGAGUUGAAGUCCACCCUUCUUAAAGGAGGCCAAGCGUCAGAAAUGCAACUCUGGGACUGCGGGUUGCGACAAGUAAUAUUCGCUUGUCACCGCCUAAAUUGGGACAGGAUUUGGAGAGUUUCCCAUGCCAAAUUCCCUCCCCCCCCCAAACUUUCCGAUCCCAGAAAUAGGAAUGACGCCGAUGACCACAAACUUUCUCGUUAAAAAAAAAAAAAAAAAAUCCUUAUCCACUCCUUGGAUUGAGACCGCAAUUCUUUUCCCCCUCCCAAACUUUCCAAUCCCAGAAAUAGGAACGACGCUGACAACGACAAACUUUCUCAUUAAAAAAAGAAUCCUUAUCCACUCCUCGGAUUGAGACCGAGUCUGCAAAUCCUCUCGUAGCGGCGGCAUUCAAAAGACCGAUCUCCGUUCCACAGGGAUAAUAUGUUGGACGAUAAAUCUAAAUUAUUGCAGUAUUUUUUGAAGGAUUUUCUCGGCAAAGGAGAUGGGAUUUAAGGGCCAGGAACUUCUGGGAUUUUUAAAAAAAAUCGCUUUUUUCCGUCUUUUUUUCCUGGAGCUGAAAAUAUACCCGAGAGAAAAGGAUCCGACAUUUGAAGUAUUGCUGCACCAAAAAUUAAGAAUUUGGGAUGAUAAUCUUGUUGUUUUGGGGGGAAGGCUGAAUUUGGUGGUGGGUAGGAGAAAAAGGAGAACGACAAUCCUUGGCAAAUCUUUUUCUGACAAUUUCACACUUUCCCAACUCGGGUUCACCAAAUGUAUUCUUCCGUCGGAAGCCAUGGGGAGGCAAAAACGGAGAAGAAAUUAUUUUCAUUAGUGAAAUUGCGAGCGAGGUGAAUUUGAGCAUCUGUCAGUUUUGAAAUGGUGAUUUUACAAACGAUUUUCUCUUCGUCUCUCGGGCGGGCGAGAUUGAUGGGUCUCAAAUCUCAGCAAUUGGAAAAUAGGUGGACUUCGUUUCCCAGAAUCCCCCAGCUGGCAUUCUUUAAUGAGUGGACUUCGUUUCCCAGAAUCCCCCAGCCGGCGUUCUUUAAUGAGUGGACUUCAUUUCCCAGAAUCCCUCAACCGGCAUGCUUUAAGAGGGGUGGCCUUCAACUCCCAGAAUCCCCCAGCCGGCAUUCUUGUAACGGGUAGACUUCAUUUCCCAGAAUCCCCCAUCUGGCAAUGUUUUAAGAGGGUGGACUUGAUUUCCCAGAAUCCCCCCCAGCUGGCAUUCUUGUAACGGGUAGACUUCAUUUCCCAGAAUCCCCCAGCCGGGAAUGUUUUAAGAGGGUGGACUUCAUUUCCCAGAAUCCCUCCAGCUGGCAUUCUUUAAUGGGUGCACUUUAUUUCCCAAAAUUCGCCAGGCGGCAUGCUUUAAAAGGGGAGAGAACUUCAACUCCCAGAAUCCCCCAGCUGCCAUUCUUUAAUGGGUGGCCUUCAUUUCCCAGAAUUCCCCAGCCGGCCUGCUUUAAGGGGGGUGGACUUCAACUCCCCAAAUUAAAGCAUAGCUGGCUGGGAGAUUCUGGGAGUUGAUCCACCCCCUCUUAAUGCAUGCCGGCUGGGGGAUUCUGGGAGUUGAAGUCAACCCUUCUUAAUGCAUGCCGGCUGGGGGAUUCUGGGAGUUGAAGUCCACCCCUCCUCAAGUGCCAAGGUUAAGACAGAACAUCCCAAUAUCUCCAGCUAAGAAAAACAUGCAUUUUUUAAGGCAUCUUCCCUCUUGUGAGCUUCCAAAAUGUGUCCCCCCCCCCAAAGCAUCCCUACACCUUUAAAUUGAUUUUCAAUCGUUAAAUCUCCGUUUGUUUCAUUCAUAAGAUCCCCCCAAUGAUCUCUUAAUGGCGAUUGCAACGUUCCGGGGGGGGGGGGUCCUGCAUCUCCUUUUUUCAUGACCCCCUCCCAAAUAAAGAAGCCGUGCUUUGGACAGGGGUGCCACCUCCCCAUUCCGUAAACUUUUAAAUAUUUAUUCAGACUUUUAUCGGCAUUUUGCACCCCUCGUGCGAAUUUACAAUAUUUUUUUUUUUAAAAAAACACGGGAUUGUCGGUCAGAGCAAAUUUAAGAUUCCUUUUGUCCAUCCCGUCACGGGUUCCUUGCCCCCGUUAACGAAGCCGGCGGUAUCUUUUCCAAUAUUCUCGCAAGCCAGAAUGGUUGCAUCCGUUCGCCGAGUCAGAUGAGGACGACGACUUAAGCAAAGUUAAUUUUUAUUCACUCCAACGUAUCUUGAACUCGCCACCGGUCCGGAUGAGCCACAGCAAGGAAAUGCGUUGUGGGUGUUUGCAAACGCAGCCGCUUACGUGAAAACUUGCACCUUAGCUGACACACCUAGGUUUCCCAAGGUGUGUGUGGGACUUUCAAUUCCCAGAAUUCCCCAGUCACCAGCCGGUGAGAAUUCUGGGUAAGUCUAGAAGUAAAUCAAUCCUUCACUGGUGGGUGUUUUUUUAAAAUGUUUUUUUUUCAAUUGCUCUUAAAUCUUUGGGUGAUUUACUCAGUAGAAAAGGGAGAUUUUUAACUGAAAAAAGAAGCGAAAGAUAAGCAACUUAUUAAAAACAAUUAGAAAUUAAACAUUCCAGUUGAGAAAUACCCGGAAAAGCAUUAUCCAGUAUUAUAUUGAUGACCGGAAGGAAUCCUGUUUUGUUUCAACCUUCCUAUGUGGAAUCUGCCAAAUAAAAAUUUGCCACGUUGUGAGUUCAAAA